CCCACGCUAGCUUUCCUUUACAAUCCUUCCAUGUCUUCGUCACGAACUACAGAAGAUACCUAUGAAGCACAGAAUGACCAGCGACUAGAUGAGUUACAUUCGAAGAUACGCACACUUCGUGGAGUUACCACAGACAUUUACGACGAUGCCGAAAGACAACAUCUGACUCUGGAUGAUACAGUACCUUGAUGAUUCUCCUCUUCGCUUUGAAAUAUUAAUAUAUGCAUAUAGGGAAACGCUUUCUCUAGUUUCUCAACGUCCUUGUCUCAGUCCUCUCGGCGAGCUGCGCAAGCAUUCGGCCUCUCCGGCGCAGGCGGCGUCAGACAAAUGCGGAUAAUAUUGUAUAUCGUUGGCUCUUUUCUGGCACUCUGGCUCGUCUGGAAAAUGAAAGAGAUCUGGUGGGUCAGUGAAAGCCCAUGAGCCGCUGUAGUUACUCGAUUGGGACAAGCGACACUCAUAUAUAUAAGAUAAUACGUGUAAUAUCUAUACCUGCACAUGAAUCAACUAUACAAGCAACAGGUGUAUCGCAAAAGGACCCCCUCCUGCUAAGUAAGUGCAUCUCCCGUUACGCAUGCGAAAAUUUGUCACGCAGACCUUCAAUGUCCUAUCCACAGAUGCCUGGAUAUGUCGACCGCAAGGUGGCAAUUCCAACACUCAAUUUACUUACACUCUAAGCUAGUACAACUAACUGCGUGCAGCUUACCAGCGUCAACUUUCUAAACUUCCAGUAAGAAAUCUUGUCCUGCUCGAAUACUGCGCACGCUCCGUGGCGUGGGGCUCUCGGGUAUUGAAAUGACGGAUUUGUGUGUGCAUUGCAGUUCUUUCGAUUUCUCUUCUCCCCCUAAUCACCUUCUUGCAUUAUACGGGAUUAUACU